UUAUUCUGUCGAGAAGAACCUUGGGCAUGAGUGUGUGUUUGAUGACCAGCUAGCAAGUUGAGUGGAUACGGCCAGUUAGCUUUUGCACGCUUCGUUUGACGACACUGCCAUUUCGCUGUCUGGUUACCUACAAAGGGUAUAGAUUAGAAUUGCCUCGAUAAGUGAAAUGGCUGCAUCAAAGCCCCGCUUGAUCCCCUGGUUAAUUGACCAGAUUGACAGUGGGCGUUAUCCUGGGCUCCAGUGGACCAAUGAAGAGCAUACGGAGUUCUGUAUCCCGUGGAAACAUGGUCUGAGACAGGACUCCUCUCAUGAUGAUGUCCGAAUUUUCAAGGCAUGGGCAGAAGUAAGUGGAGUAUAUGUGGAAGGCAGGACUCCUGCUGACGCCUCGGUUUGGAAGAGGAACUUCCGCAGUGCUCUCCGAGCCAAAGGCUGCGUAAUGAUAAGCGACAACAAGAAUGAUGCCGCUAACCCCCACAAAGUGUACCGACUGCCUAAGGACGAGCAACCAAGAAGACCUCGAGAAGCUGUUGUGAAUCCUGGUCCAGAUUUGGCACAGACAAGCCCAUCAUUAGUCUUUGACAAUUUGUAUGUUGCUGAAGACGCAAUCAACCACAGCCAAGUAUUGUUCCCUGAACAGCAGCUGCUUGCUGCUGGGGCAGAGUACCUCCCCCCAGCCGGACAAGCCACUACAGCGAAUCCAGAUCUGCUUGAGAUGUGUUUGGAUGGGUUGAAUAUCUGUGAACCCCAACAAGCACUGGCUAACAUGCUUCCAAGAGAAGAGCAACAUCAACAAGUGGCAGUGGACCCUGGAAUGCAGAGAGUGGAGGGCUUUAAGGAACAGAUGAAGAUGACAAUGGUGGACGAAAUUCUGCGUACCAAUUUCAGGGUAGUAGCAUACUACAGAGGAACAAAGGUUUAUGAACAGAUGGUGGAAGACAAUACAGGAUUCAAGGUGAUGUUCAGACGUGAAAAUAUGGAGUCCAUGAGCCCCUUUACUGAAGACAAUCUGACACGGGUCUAUCUGCCUUCUCCGGAGGAGGUCAAUAUCUAUGACCAGACCCAGGUCAAGCUGACAAGACGAAUUCUGGAGAAACUUGGAGAUGGACUGGAGGUGGGAGUGCAUGGGUCAGCCGUGUACGGGCUGCGGAGAGGUGACAGCAAAAUCUACUGGAGCCUCUGCAAAUUUGAGAAGAGGGAGACACCUCGAGAGGUCAGAAAGCAGGAACCGGAAUCCCUGUAUACCAUUAAAGAUUUUAUUAGAGGACUGAUGGAGUUCAUGGAUGAUGGACAUGCGUCCCCUUCGUUCUCUCUCUUCUUCUGUCUUGGUGAGAAGUGGCCAGACCCUGAACACAGACAUUGGGAGAAGAAACUCAUCAUGCUUGAGGUGGCCAUUACCGCUUUUGAGUUUUUGAAGAUGAUUGCAGUGGAUGGCGGUGCCUCCUCUCUGAAGUCUGUAGAAUUGGAGAUCUCUGACACACCCAGCUUGAUGGAAAUUUUGGAGGAGAUGAUGGACCUUUACUAGAGAUGAGAGUCGGAUAUUCCAUAAGUCACUCAGUGGCUGACAAGGAAUUGUACAGUGGUACGGUUGCCUUAAUAAAAGGUGUGCAUUUGGGGAAAGAAAUCCAAGGAUGCAUGCCUAUCCCAUUUCAUAUGGGUCUGUUUUUUUCUAUUUUGGUCUUAAAUAUUAAAUGCAUGUAUGUAUGCAUAUGUAAAAUUUACACUGCGAAGAUUCACAUUGCAAUAGAGUUGGAUGAACUUCAGCGGUAAAUUCAGGAUCUCUAGGGCAAUCCCUGAACACUGUCAAGUUAUUCCCAGAAAAAAUUCAACAU